AUGAGCUCACGACACUCUGCCAGCCCGGUUGUUUUUACCAGUGCCAGAAGCUCACCUAAAGAAGAGCUUCAUUCUGCUACUUCUCCGCAGCUCGCACCUUCUUUCUCCUCUUCUUCUUCCUCCUCAUCUGGUCCUAGGACUUUCUACCCUCGCCAGGGUGCUACUAGCAAGUAUCUGAUCGGAUGGAAAAAGCCAGAAGGGACAAUAAACUCAGUGGGGUUUAUGGAUUCAAGAAAACGUCACCAGAGUGAUGGCAAUGAAAUGGCCCACCCUCGGCUGCGUGCUUCAGUGAGAGAUCUACGAGCAUCACCAAAACGAGCAUCCAAGUCCACUGUUGAAGAAGACCUGAAGAAAUUGAUAGAUCUUGACAGCCCAACACCUGAAUCCCAGAAGAAUUUUAAGUCACACACUCUGUCCUGUCAGUCUCCCUUUCCCAGCACUCCUACCACAAGGCGUGCCUUGCAAAGGACUUUAUCAGAUGAGAGUAUUUACAGUGGUCAAAGGGACCACUUCUUCGCCUCGCGGGCUUCGCUCUUGGACCAAGCCAUGCCGAAUGAUGUCCUGUUCACCAGCACGUACCCUUCUCUCCCAAAGUCGCUGCCAUUACGGAGACCAUCAUAUACUUUGGGAAUGAAAUCACUACAUGGAGAGUUUUCUGCCUCAGACAGCUCCCUCACUGAUAUCCAGGAGCAAAGACGGCAGCCCAUGCCAGACCCUGGUCUUAUGCCAUUGCCUGAUUCUGCCUCUGAUCUGGACUGGUCAAACUUGGUAGAUGCUGCCAAAGCCUUUGAAGUUCAGCGAGCUUCAUUCUUUGCUGCUGCUGAUGAAAAUCACAGACCUGUGAGUGCUGCUUCCAGUAGCGAUCAGGCUGACGACCAGCUUAGUGCACAGAUAAAGCCUUACACAGGUAAAGAAUCUCCUCCAACUCUCGCCUCUAAAGUGGACCAACUGGAAGGUUUGCUGAAGAUGUUGCAAGAGGAUUUAAGGAAGGAAAAAGAGGACAAGGCCAGUCUUCAGGCUGAAGUGCAACAUUUGCGGGAAGACAACUUGAGGUUACAGGAGGAAUCCCAGAAUGCAACCGAGAAACUGAAGAAAUUCACCGAAUGGGUUUUCAACACAAUUGAUAUGAACUGAGAACAGUGUACGGGGAAGGAAACUAUCUGUUAUGAAUAUUAUUACUGGGACUUAAGCUUUAAAGCCACCUUAAUCAUGACAUGUGAAAGUAUAGUCAGAGCACUUCCCUGUCCUUCAUCCUCCCAUAACCCUUUUUUGCAUCUCUGCGCGCACUCAGAACAAUUGCAGAUCAACAAUCAAUGUCUGCCUUUUGUAGAAAAAAAACAAAGUAAAUAAUUUUAAAAAGGUAAAAUAAAAGUUUAACUGCUAAAA